AUGCAGGAGACAGUGCCAGACAAGCAAGAACCGCAAACCGAGCACCGCGACUUGGCCAAUGCGAAAGGCGCCCCGGACGCCGUUUAUGAUGAGGCCGCAGCCAGCGGCCAGUGUCUCACCGGGUACGAGACGCUGGGGCUCUGGGAGACGGCUAAGAAGUUCAAGGUGAAUUCCCUCACCUGCUUCGCCAUGUGCUUCAGUGCCGCUACAGAUGGUUACCAAAUUGGUAUCAACGGAAACAUCAUCGCCAACCCUGCAUUCGUCCAACAAUUCGCGACUGAAACCAGUGCAGAUGGCUCACCUGCUCUUGCGUCGCCUAUUCUCAGCGCAUGGGGCUCCAUCAUGUCUGUCGGCCAGAUCAUCGGCAUGACGACCUUGCCCUUUGUAUCUGAUCGGUUCGGCCGCAAGGUGGCCAUGUACAGCUUCUGGUUCGUCAUAGCCCUGAGCGUCAUGUUCGAGAGCAUCGCCACGCGGUGGGAGCUAUGGCUCGUCGGCAAGCUUCUCGCCGGUGUCGGUGUUGGGUGCAUGCAAUCGACUAUCCCCACCUACAUCAGCGAGGUGUCUCCUACCCGCAUCCGAGGUGCCCUCUUGAUGUGCUACAGCCUCUGGUGGUCGCUCGGAGGCUUCUUUGCCCCCGUAGCCUUGCAGGUUCUGUCUGAGACGAAUGCCACCAACUACAAGAUCCCCAUUUACACCCAGUGGGCCCAGGUGGGCAUCAUGCUCAUUGUUUACCUCGUGGUCCCCGAGUCUCCGACCUGGCUUGUGAGCAAAGGCAAGUUUGACCAGGCUAAGAAGACUCUGUCUCGUCUGCACUGCGACGUCCCAGACUACGAUGUGGACAGGCAGCUUCAGGUUCUUACGCUUUCUAUUGACCACGAGCGAGCUACUGCCGCGGAGCAACGAGCAGAGAAGUGGUACAGCAUCUUCAAGGGAACCGACGGCUACCGAACCCUUGUUGCUCUGUGGACCCUCCUUGCGCAGCAAUUCAUCGGCCUCACGCUCUUCGCCACCUAUAGCUCCUACUUCUUCCAGCAGGGCGGUAUCGAAGACCCUUUUAAGGCAACCUGCAUCACCUCUAGCAUUAGUUUCGCUGCAGGACUUUGCGUUGUGUACGCAGCGGAGCGGCUUGGUCGUCGAGUUCUGUCAUGCGGCGGCACCACGAUUUGCUGGGCGUGCAAUGUUGCGGUGGGAAUUCUCGGCGUGACUCCUAAAGUCAAUGCCACCGACUACCUGUUCAUUCUGUUUGCUUGCAUUUGGUGGAUUGGGCUAGUUGCCAAUGGAGCUACGGGAUGGGGAUUUAUCGGCGAAAUCUCAUCUCAACGCCUCAGACCUUACACUGCUGGCUUUGGUGCCGCUAUGACCUGCGUUGUCGGUGUCAUUAUGAAUGUCUUGACGCCCUACAUGGUAAACACCAAUCAGUGGAACUGGGGCCUCAAGACAGCUUGGUUCUACGUCGGUAUUGGCCUUCCAUUUACAGUUGCCAUCUGGUUCAUAAUCCCCGAGACUGCUGGCCGUACCUCCGCAGAGCUAGAUGAACUUUUCGAAAGAAAGAUCAAGCCCUGGCGAUUCCACAAGACUACGACCAUGGCCCAACGAGCUGUCGAGGCUGGCACGAAUAAGCUUAAGGAAGAGGCUUGA